GCGCUGAGCGACCGCGGCGCCCGUGUCCUCCCCUGCCCCGGCACCGGCCGGGGCCCCACGGCUGGCAGCGACCUCUGUCCCCGAGCGGGGCUGGCCGCGGGUGCCCACGGCGUCACGUGGAGCCGCACCAGCCAGAGGCCGCCGGGAGCCGAGCCGGGAGCAGCCGCGGCGGCGGAGCACCCCCAAAUCCCACCCCCAUCCCCGUAGGGUUGCGGGGGGCCAUCCUCCCACCCCCCCCCCAAAUAAAAGAAGUGCCACCAUGUGGCUGGGCGCCCGCCUGGACGCGCUGCCCACCCCGGCGCUGGCCGUCGACCGUGCCACGGCGCGCCGCAACGCCGAGCGCAUGCAGGAGCGCUGCCGAGCCCUCGGCCUCCGCCUGCGGCCCCACGUCAAGACCCACAAAACGCUGGAGGGCGGCGCGCUGGCCACGGGCGGCACGCGGCGCGGCAUCGCCGUCUCCACGCUGGCCGAGGCGCGCUUCUUCGCCGACGGCGGCUUCGACGACAUCCUGCUGGCCUACCCGCUGCCCGCCGGGCGCCUGGAGGAGUGCGCCGAGCUGGCCCAGCGCCUCGACGCCUUCCAGGUGCUGCUGGACAGCCCCGGAGCUCUGCAGCGCCUGCGGCAGCGCCCGCUCGCCGGCGGCAAGCGCUGGCUCGUCUGGCUCAAGCUCGACUGCGGCAACGGCAGAGCCGGCGUGCGCCCCACGGACCCCGGCGCCCUUCCCCUGGCCCGGGCCAUCGCGGAGGAGGCUCCGGAGGAGGUGACGCUGCUCGGGAUCUACGCGCACUGCGGGAACACCUACGGCUGCAGCGGCGUGCCCGCCAUCCAGGCCAUCGCCAGGGCCACCACCGCCGCCGUCCUCGACUUCGUGGCCGCGCUGCGCCAGGCCGGCGUGCCGUGUCCCCAGGCCAGCAUCGGCUCCACACCAUCCUGCAGCCACCCGGUCCCCGAGAUGGCCGAGCUCACCGAGGUCCACCCGGGCAACUACAUCUUCUACGACCUCCAGCAGACGCUGCUGGGCUCCUGCCAGCCCCAGGACGUGGCCAUCCGCGUCCUCACCAGGGUGGUCGGCCACUACCCGCACCGCAACCAGCUGCUGGUGGACGCCGGCUGGACGGCGCUCAGCCUCCACGGGUGGGCGCAGUCACCCGCCGGCUGCGCCGCCGUCGAGGGACAUCCCCAGCUCCGGCUGGCGGGGCUGACGCAGGAGCACGGGCUCCUGGAGCCCACCGGCGGGCAGCUGGAUUUCGGGAGGUUCCCGGUGGGCACCGUGCUGGCCCUCGUCCCCUUCCACGCCUGCGCCACGGCUGCCAUGCACCCGGUGUACUACGUGCACGAGGAGGGCGAGGUGGUGGCCCUGUGGCACCCCGUCCGCGGCUGGUAGAGGUCGUCCUGCGCCGUGCGGGGCUCCUGCGCCCACCCUGGGGUCCUGCGCCCACACUAAGACCCCGUACUCACACCAAGACCCCACACCAAGACCCU